AGCGGGAGUGCAAGCGAGCGAGAGAAGGGAAGACAAGCAAGAAAAUCCCCCCAAUCUUUUAAGUCAAUGCAUAUUGUGGUGACACUGGCAAAGGAGCCCUCACGGUGGAGUCGGCCAGGGCUGUGCGUUCCCAAAAUAUGACCAGGGGUGCUUGGAUGUGUAGUCGGCAGUAUGAUGACGGCUUAAAAAUCUGGUUCGCACCCCGGGAGAACGAGAAACCCUUCACGGAUUCAGAGAGGGCUCAGAAAUGGCGACUGUCCCUGGCAUCGCUCUUGUUUUUCACAGUCCUGCUCUCUGAUCACUUGUGGUUCUGCGCCGAGGCCAAAUUCACGGGGACCGGAGAGAAGGAGCAGCCGCCGCCCGAGAAGCCGGAGCCCGCGGAGCCGGAGCUGCUGGCGGGCAUGGGGGAGCCGGCGCCCCCCGCGCCCCGGCUCCUCGCCCCCCCCUCGCCCUCCCUCCCGCCCUCCCCCGGCAGCAGCAGCGGCGGCGGCAGCAGCGGCAGCCGCACCAACGGCACCGAGCCCCGGCACGGCAAGGCUGCUUUCCUGGGGAACUCCACCGCCAGGCCCCUGGAGACGUGCCCCCCCCCGGGCUCCUCGUCCGGGCAGUGCUUCAGCGUGGGCGACGCGGAGGCGGUGUGCCAGCGGCGAGGGGGAUCGGGGCGACCGCGGGGCACGGGGCAGAGCCCGGCGCCCGGCUGGGACCUGACGGAUUUUUACCUUUCCUUUUGUAAUUCCUACACACUUUGGGAGUUGUUCGCCGGGUUGUCCAAUCCGGACACUUUGAACUGCAGUCUGGAUGUGGUGCUGAAGGGGGAAGGCUCCUGCAGCCAGUGCGUCCAGGCUUACCAGCGCUACGACCAGCACGCUCAGGAGAAAUACGAAGAGUUUGAGGUUAUGCUCCAGAAAUAUUUACAGUCGGAUGAGUACUCGGUGAAAUCGUGUCCUGAGGAUUGUAAGACUGUCUACAAAGCCUGGCUCUGUUCCCAGUAUUUUGAAGUCACACAGUUUCACUGCAGCAACAGAAUUCCUUGCAAGCAAUACUGUUUGGAGGUUCAAACGAGGUGUCCCUUUAUAUUACCAGAUAAUGAUGAUGUCAUCUAUGGAGGACUAUCAAGUUUCAUCUGUACAGGGCUCUAUGAAAACUAUCCAACCAAUGCAGAACCAGAAUGCUGUGAUGUCAGAUGGGGACUAUUAUCAGAUCAUCAACCCAAAGGGACUAUAAAAACAAGUGGCUCAACAAUGUGUCACAGGACAUCGCUCACAGUUUCAUCAGCAUCAAGACUGUGUAACAGCAGACUUAAACUGUGUGUUCUUGUAUUAAUUCUCUUGCAUACAGUACUUACAGUCUCAGCAGCACAGAACUCAACAGGACUGGGCUUUGGAAGCAUAACAACUUUGGAAGAUAAUUCAACCAAUGAAGAAUAAAAGAAAGGAUUCAUCUUACAUGAUAGAAACACAACAGGCCCAAAUUACUAGAGUCAAAACUAGCAAGGACUGAGUGCUUUACCCUCAGAGCUCUUCUUGAAUGACCUUUUGGGUAAAACAAAAAGAAUGGGCCGCUACCCAAACAACAAGGACACACAAAUGCAGCUUUUUAUUGACUAAAAGGCUGUUUGGUGACUUAACUUUCUCACACCAUUUUAUACACUGUGUUUUAAUGUUUGGAGUUUCUUUUUUUGUUUGUUUGUUUUUUGCACUUGUUAAUACAGGAUUUUAUUUUUGGGACAGUUUCUCAAAGCUAAAUUAAGUCUUUUCUCUGUCAAUAUAUUUCUAGUCAUUGUGUGUGUUCAUCUGAUAGUUCUGUCUUUUAUGUCCUGUCAGUUUCUAUUAGAGGAAUGACUGCUAUGGUUUCAUGACAUAGCAAAAAAAAA